CACCCUUCGGAGGCGGUUACAGCUCCGCCAGCGCGACUCUCUGCUUCAGCUUUAAUGAAUUCUUCGAACUGGAGCUUAAUGGGGUUUUUCUUGUCAGUUCUUCGUGGAUAAAGAAAGUACGAUAAUUUCACCGAGGUAUGCUGCACAGACCUGAGGAGUUACGUGGAGCUACAAAGCGACAAAACAGCGGUCAACGUCGCGGCUGCUCGUGAGCUACAGAUCAGUGUUUCCCAACCAGGGGUACGUGUACCCUAGGAGAUACAGUUGCCAGGGGGCUGCUGGGAAGAUGAAACAUAAACUACAAGUCCCAAUAUAGAUGGAGAUGGCAAGGCUUUUUCCCUUCGAACAGAAAACCAUUUGCUGCCAUUUCAAACAUGUAUCAUACUUUGCUCUACUCGGUGUCAAUCACCACCCACAGGAAGAAAUGGCCAGGAACAUGACAGAGCAGCAGGAGCAGAGUGAAGACACAGGCCUGCUCUCAACUCAGGACCUGGACCCCUCCAAGGACGACGACACACACGGCCACUUCAGGUUUCAACUGAUUGAAGACUUGUCCUAUGAAGAUGUGAAGAAAUGUUACAGGGGCUCGUGUGUGUCUUGCAGCGGUUUGCUCCAGGCCUUGGAUGUGCGCGAGUGUGUGUGUGUGUACGGUGCCAACGUGCUGAGCCUGGUGCAGAGCUCGCGUCCUUUGAGGGAGAGGGUGGUGUCUGCGGCGAGCGGAGCAGGAGUGGCCGGUGGUGGCGGAGUGGCUGGUGGUGCCGGCGGUGCUAGUGCUGUGCAGGCAGGCCGGUCCGCCAAGGAGCUGCUCAUGACUCUGCCCUGUCCCUCUGCACAGACUGUCAGCAAGUACAACUCCCAGUACCACAAACUGUUCCAGUGCGUGCCCAAGGAUGAGAUACUCAUGAAAGUGUACUCCUGUGCUCUUCUCAGAGAUAUCCUUCUACAAGGCCGACUGUACAUCUCCAGAAACUGGCUGUGUUUCUGUGCCAACCUCUUUGGCAAAGACAUCAAGGUGGCUAUCCCUGUCGCUUCUGUGAGGCUGGUGAAGAAGCACAAAACAGCGGGCCUCGUGCCCAAUGGCUUGGCUAUCACCACAGACACCGGCCAGAAGUAUGUAUUCGUAUCUUUGCUAUCACGAGACAGCGUCUAUGAUGUCCUUCGCAGGAUCUGCACACACCUACAGGUCAAUGGGAAGAGUCUGAGCUUGAAGCAGUUUAUGGAGGAGCCGACCUUAUCGCUGGACGAGUUCCCGACUCCAGACGAAUUCCCAGUGGUCGACGAAUUCCCAUCAGUGUUAAAGUGGAGAAGGAAACCCUCAGUGGUGUCUGUGUCCUCCUCCCUUCCUGACCUCCUGGGGAACUCCACCAGCAGCUUGAGCGCCACAGACACACCCUUCAAAUCAGAGCAGCUGCUGGAAGAGCGAGCUCUGCAGACAGACAGAGGUCUUUUAUCAGAGCCAGUGGCAGAGCUGGGCCAGAUGGAGUACCAGCUGCUCAAGUUCUUCACCCUCCUUAUUAUUCUCCUCAUCCUGUCAUCGUGCUACUUGGCCUUUCGUGUGUGCAGUCUGGAGCAACAGCUGUCCUUCCUCAGUAACCCAAAUCUGCCCCUGAGAGAGAGGUAACCGCUGCUCUCCGCUGUGACCCAUCAGAUUGGCUGUCUUUGAUUCUUCCCCUGCUUGGAGUUGUUGAUGCCCUGAUCCAGGACCAGCUUAAAGCCCAGAACAGAUAAAGCCCACACCAGCUGCAACACGUAAAGGAGCAACAUCAACCUGACUCCGGGCAUGUUACGGACCUUCCCACAGCGGAAUGAGUUCCUAUUCAGUGAUCACUUCCAGACUAUGCAAACAGACUGUCUAUUUAUUUUUGAAUAUAAAGUAGGUUUUACUUUAGAUAAUGAUUGUCUACCAUGACCGGUCCCUCGCACAGACAUUUCAUCUUUAACCACAUGAUGCUGCAGUGUAGAGCAGAUUACAGUUGAACCCUCUGUAACACUGAUGAAGUUUAGUUUAGCAGUGGUGGAGACUAAAGGUGAGGAUGGAAAGGUAAGACAUAAUUCAACACAUUAAUUACUUGAAAAGACUGAUAGCAAAGAUAUUUCAGGUGAGUGGUGUUAGCAGUCAUAACUCAUCAAUUAAUAUGCGACAUGCGACAUAUAUUCUGACUGACAAGUGGACUAAACUGAAUGUUUUUCUUUCUGGUGAGAUCUUGCUGCCACAGCCCUUAGUAGGAAGGCUACAACUAGCUGCGACAAAGCACUUUUUAACAUAUGUUCACAUUAUUUCAAAUGUAUGUAACUGUUUUAGCUGUUUUUUGCUUGUUUAUAGGUACUCACUUAUCAUUUUUUGAAAGUAUUUAUGGAAGGAAGUCUUGUUAUGACUUUACUGUCUAAGGUCAACAUACAGGAGUGAUAACACCACUCAUGGGUGUUAACUGUAAUGUGAAUGAGAUAGUUAGAUGACAUGCAUAAUUUUUGUUUUUUGUUGUACGAAUCUGCUGUGUGAAAGGAAUGUUUUUUUCUUUUAUACAUUUCAAAUGAAGUCAACAAAAACUCAAAAAUGACGCAUUGAGGUUCGGAGUGUGAUGAUGAUGAUGAUGGUUUAUCUUUGAAGAUGUUUUACUAAUUUUGCAAAGAUGGGUGAAAUGUAGUCCUAGACUAGUUUGCAGAUCCGUAUGAAUUAAAUUGGAAACAAAAUGUAGAUAAACA